AUGGUGCUAUAUUAUGGCUGCAGUUUGCUGCUGCUUACGUUCCUUGCUCUGCCGGGCCUAUUGCUAGGGGACUUGGUAUUCCGUUGUCCGAACUGCGCUGAGGAGCGCCAAGCUGCAUGUCCUAAGCUUGCCACCACCUGUACUGAGAUAGUCAGGGAGCCCAGCUGUGGCUGCUGCCCAGUGUGUUCCCGGUUAGAAGGUGAAUUCUGUGGUGUCUACACACCAAGGUGUUCCACAGGGCUGCGUUGUUAUCCCACUGCAGAUUCAGAACGGCCCUUGGAGCAGCUGGUUCAGGGGUUAGGACGAUGCUCACACAAAGUGGACCCGGUACCCAACCUCACUCAAGAGCACCAUGACCCGAGUGGUAAGUAACUUGACUGUCGCUAAGAGAAGGUUAUCAUUAAUGUAGGGUAACAAGUAUUCUGUGUUAUACAUAUCUUUAUCCGGCCACAAAGGAGUCCACAAUAUUGAAGUGCAUGGCAUCUGCUGAAUGUCAUAGGCUGGUAUACUGGAGAUCUAUUGCUUCUUUAUCUGUUCCCAUUAUCUGUACCCCAAGAUGUCCCCUUAUUAGGUGUAAAUGGCACCUGGUCAGUGGCAAAACGUAUUUAAAAAUAACAAGAAUGUGUUCAAAUAGGUCAUUAUUGAUUUCUGGGAAUGAAUGUUGACAUUCGUGGUGUGUUUGGACUAACUGGUAGAUCCAAAUGCUAUUGAUCUUUGAGGACAAACAAGCUAAUCUCUUUUUGUCGAACUGCUAACCAUGUUUGGCUGACCCAAUUUCUCUGGGUUUUUUAAACAAAAAGUACAUCAAUGACAAUUUCCCCACUUUUUUAGUGCCCAGAUCACAGGUUAAUGCUGCCGACAGUAACUCAGUGUCAUCUCACAUACAGCAUCCCCUUCACAUCAGAUUUCCAUUUCAUGAGUCAAGUGUAAAAGAGGCACUAUCAGGUGCCAGGUGUCUUGUAAGCUUGGGGCUCUCUAAAUUAUCUUUAAUUAGGUAGCAUGUCAUAUUCCCACACAUAGCUCCCCCCUUCGCCCUCCAUCCAUCUCCCUCCCUCCAUCGUGUGUUUGUUUGAUAACUGUUGCUGUUAUUGGAAUGGCAUCACAUCCUGGAGCAAUGUGAAAAGCUGUAUGAACUCAUGCUCCAUGUGCUUUCGUCCCACAAUAAACCUCAGAGUACAUACAUUUUUACAUUUACAUUUAAGUCAUUUAGCAGACGCUCUUAUCCAGAGCGACUUACAGUUAGUGAAUACAUUUUUUUUUUUUUUUUUUUUUUAUACUGGCCCCCCGUGGGAAUUGAACCCACAACCCUGGCGUUGCAAACGCCAUGCUCUAUCAACUGAGCUACAUCCCUGCCGGCCAUUCCCUCCCCUACCCUGGACGACGCUGGGCCAAUUGUGCGCCGCCCAUGAGUCUCCCGGUCGCGGCCGGCUGCGACAGAGCCUGGAUUCGAACCAGGAUCUAGUGGCACAGUUAGCACUGCGAUGCAGUGCCUUAGACCACUGCGCCACUCAGGAGCUUAUGUACACUCUUAGAGUACACUCUUGACUCAUUGGAUUAACUCAUCAUUUUCAAGGGAUUCUGGACUUGGGUGGAUGUUUGAACCUUUGUCCUCAUCUGACUGAGCACACAUUGCAUAGGCUUCAACUGCAUUCAGUCUCUCAAAAACACUGGUUUCUGACACAAAAAGAUUCCCAGAUUGGGAAGAGCUAAUAGUGACUGUCUUUGCAGUUUGAUUGCAAACAACUCCAUGUUUUUGUUGACUCACCAUGAUUUGAUAUCUGACCAUAGGUCUGUUACAACUUUUUUCCUUUUUAUUGUCUCCUACUUCGUCUCUUUCUCCUCCUUCUCUCUGUGUGUUGUCUGUGGACUGGGAUUGUCCUUGUAGCCCUGCAGGUAAUGGUGUGCUCAGACUUGGUGUGCUCACACCCCUACAGGUGUUUAAUUACUGCAUGUGUGUGCUUUUGUGUGUGUGUGUGUGUGUGUGUAUGUGUGUGUGUGUGAGAGAGAGAGAGAGAGAGAGAGAGAGAGAGAGAGAGAGAGAGAGAGAGAGAGAGAGAGAGAGAGAGAGAGAGAGGGGGGGGGGGGGGGGGGGGGGUCUUAAUUUGACCCAUUUCUCACAGCAGGAAAAUCAUGUGAAUUAUUGUGUGGAUUAUAAUUAAUGAACAUUUCUGUAAGGGCAAAUCAAGUCUGACAUUUUAAAGUGAAAAUUACAAACUUUAGAAGCCUUUUUAAACCUCCAAAACACUAAAGGUUUGCAUUUCCUGCAACAACAGGGUUAUCACAUUAAGAUCUAACAUCUGUAAAGAUAGAGAGGGAGGGAGUGCUCUGGGUGGGAACUGCAUGUUAGUACCUGUGACCCUAAAGAGGCUCCCCUCAGGAGAAUAGGGAUUCCUUGACUCCCUUUUCCAUGAAGGUAAUCAGCUGAUGUUCUCCUUUAUGGAAACUCAUUAGCAUUAGAUUGAACCUGUUCUGAAUGGAAAAGUUAUGGGCCUGGAGAACUCUGAGAAUUCGGAGCCUUUUAGAGGUCAAAACGUGAUGGAGAAUAGUUGAAAAAGGUCAAUUUCCAAACGAAUCAAAAAUGUUAUAAAGGCAGACCUCGCAACAGUAUAGCAACUUGUUAGCAUAAGUUAGCCAAGUUAGGCACAUCAUAACCUUAUUCACAAGACUUCCUCCCAAUGCUCAGAAGGUCUGGUAGACCAAAGCUUCAAACAUAGCCUUCGUUAGCCCAGUGGGAAGUUCUGGAAAAAGUCCAUAUGAAAAUAGAAAGUCAGGGAGAAUGUCCAAAUGCAUAGCCAUUAGCAGUGUUGGGGAAGCUACUCUGAAAAUGUAGUUUGCCAAGCUACCAAUGACUUCACACUGGAAGAAGUUAAGCUACACUAAAGCUACCCUUAAAGGAAAACAAUCUUUGGUAUUUUUUUCAUUAUAGGGUCGCAUUUGCGACUGUUUGACUUGGCUUUUUUUAUCAUCAUGAUUGUGUGCAAUUGACCAAAAGUAAACCAACUUUCUGAAGAGGCAACAAAGGCAAGAGAAUGCCCCUGUCUGUGUGUGUCAGGACAAAACCAACAUAGAGGGAAGGUUGUGGAAACCCUCCAGGGCAGUCGAUCAUCCCCGUCAGUGGCCCGCUUUGGCCAGUAAAUACAGUACAUUGAAAUAAUGUUAUUUUUUAUCUAGGCUAUAUAAUUGAUAAAAAAAACUGAUUGAUUCCCGAAGCUGUUUGUUUGUUAAGUUGAUUAUCUAUCACAUGCGUGCUGCACACAUACAGCCUAUAGAUAAUCAGAGAGAGCAUGCAGCUCUCAAACAGCUGGUUGUUGCGUGUAGGAAAGCAGUAGGAAAGAUGUUCCAAGUUAUGAUAUCUACCAGCAAAUGCUAAGGCAAGAAUGGGUAUGCAAACCAGGUAUUACUGGUGAUGCACAAUGAAUACUGGCGAUGCACAAUUCAGUCAUCAUGGAAUAGCCUACCUUGAAAAUCAGGCAUUGCCUCUAUGACUUAGAACUUCUAUUGCUCCAAUAUAAUUAUUCUGUGAUUUCAUUUCUGAUCAGUUUUUAUAAGAGAUGUAGCUGCUUUCGUUUGUUUCCCGCCAUUUCAAUUUAGGGGUGUUGCGCUAGUCUGUUGCGCUUGUUGUGGUAAAACCAGGUGUGGCUAUUAUGAGCAAGACAACAUCGAAUGUUGGCUUCAACUUGGUUUUCCAUAUAGAGUAUUCCAUUACAAAGGGAACCCGUUUUUUGGUCACUUUCUCGCUUUAUAACAUGAUACAAUAACACCUCAAUAACUCUUCAACAUCUCAAAUGGCAAGACUGACUAGCUACCACAUGGACACUUCAUUAGUGUGUUUGUGUAGGGAACAUGCUGUCUAUUUAGUCAGACAAUGCCCACAUUAUUCAGACAUAUUUUAGAAUGUAAAAAUAAAGUUAAUGUCAAUGCAUAAUACCAUUGGGUAGGUAUAUUUAAAAAAAGUAAUUAUUCUUAGUGGUAAUGCAUACUUUUUUGCAUACAUUUGGGGGGGACUUUCUUUUCUUCAAUAGGCUAUUACAACAAUUAAAUAUAAAAUGUAGGUCCUUAGAAAUUACAAUUAAGUGCUUGAAAAAGUCAUUGAAAGUCCUUUAAUUUGACUUGCCAAUGUUUGUAUGAACCCUGUAUAGUAGGGCUGCCCAACCCUCUUCCUGGAGAUCUACCAUCCUGUGGGUUUUCAGUCCAACCCUAAUUUAACACACCUGAUUAUACUUAUUAGCUGCUCAACAAUACCUUAACUAUCUGAAUCAGAUACGCUAAAUUGGGCUUGGGCUGAAAACCUACAGGACAGUAGCUCUCCAGGAAGAGGGUUGGGCAGCCCUGCUGUAUAGGCUACUUGCUCAGCCCACAAAUGAAAGCUAAAAUCACCUGCUAUUGAAAUGAUGCACGCAUCAUUCGCUUUCCUGUCAGAUCUUGACCCGGGAGAGUAUUUUUUUCAUUUGGGCCAGUAGCUUUCAGGUGGCACUAGCCCGGUGUGCCACUGGCAAAUUUACCUGAAUGUCGAGCCCUGCUGUGUGCGGUGCGAGUAGGGCCUAUAUGUCUACCACUUUGUGUAUCCGUUAGCGAUGCUAAAGACAGCCUAACUGUCUUCGGGUAGAUGAAAAGGCAAUUAAAAUGUAACUACAAAGUAGCAUAUGCCUACCUGGUAGAAUCAUGACUAUUUCCAUCAAUCCAAUGGCCAUUGUUUUGAAAACUCCAUCAGAAGUGUGCCACAGAGACACCACUAGCCAAACACAACUGUCUGGCUGGUGCACACCUGAAUUAAAGGGUAACUACAGUAAAAAAUCUAAAUCUCUCUCUUUUCCCAGACUUCAAAAAUGGUCCCCUGAUGUGGUUUAAGCAUUGUUGUGCACUUAGAACUUCUUGAUAAAUUAUCAUAUAUAAAUUUGAAAUGUCAUAGACUACAAAUUGCAAGACAUAUCACUCUGGAGUCAGAUGUUAACAGAAUGUGUAAUUUAUCCUAUUAAACACAAAAACUAUUUUCAGGUGAGAAUUCGGCAGGUCUGAUGUUGAAAAAGAAAGGACAUUAUUGCAUACUCCACCCUUACACAAACUACUGCAAAAUGUAAUUACUACUUGAACUACAUGGACAGUGCUUUCAGAAAGUAUUCAAACCGCUUGACUUAUUCCAAAUGUUGUUGUGUUACAGCCUGAAUUCAAAAUGGAUUCAAAAUUGUUAUUUUUCUCAUCCAUCUACAGACAAUAACCCAUAAUGACAAAGUGAAAACAUGUUUUUGUAAAUUGUUGCUAAUUUCAUGAAAUUGAAAUACAGAAAUAUCUAAUUUACAUAAUUAUUCACACCUCUGAGUCAAUACAUGUUAGACUCACCUUUGGCAGCAAUUAGAGCUGUGAGUCUUUCUGGGUAAGUCUCUAAGAGCUUUGCACACCUGGAUUGUACAAUAUUUGCACAUUAUUAUUAAAAUAAAGUAUUCAAGCUCUGUCAAGUUGAUUGUUGUUUGUUGAUUAUUGUUAGACAGCCAUUUUCAAUUCUUGCCAUAGAUUUUCAAGCCGAUUUAAGUCCAAACUGUAACUAGCCCACUCAGGAACUUUCAAUGUCAUCUUGGUAAGCUGCUGGAAAACAGACUGAACCAGGUUUUCCUCUAGGAUUUUGCCUGUGUUUAGCUCUAUUCCAUUUCUUUUUUUCAAAAAAUCUCCUUUGCCGAUGACAAGCAUACCCAUAACAUGAUGCAGCCACCACCAUGCUUGAAAAUAUGAAGAGUGGUACUCAGUGAUGUGUUGUGUUGGAUUUGCCCUCAAGACAUUUCAUUUUUUCAUUUUUAAAUCAUUUCUAAAAACAUAAUUAUACUUUGACAUUAUGGGGCAUUGUGUGUAGGCCAGUGACACAAAAUCUACAUUUAAUCAAUUUGAAAUUCAGGCUGUAGCACAACAUUUUUGGAAAAAGUCCAGGAUUGUGAAUACUUUAAUCUCCCACAACACCUCCCCCGUCUUGUGUACGUCUGUUUAUAUUCGCCCUGUCUGCGCUCGUCUGAUGCAACAUGGAGAUUUAAUCAAAUGUAGCUAGCUGUUUGAGUCCAUUCUGUCAUUUUUUGUGGGUUGUUGGUUUUCCCAACAAGCACAACGCAUAUUGAUCACAGAUUUGGAUGAUGUAUAGCCAGCAAGGCUUCUAAAUUCCCCCUAUCAGUCCCAAGACCCCAGCAAAAAUCUGAAUUUCAUUUAUCUGCAUGUCCUGCCCUUAUAUUUAACCUCACAAUGAAGUGUUUUACCAUGUUAUUUUCAGGACAACCAGAGAUACAAGUAGAACACAAAACAAUUUGACAUAAACAGUUGCAUACAUGAGUUUUAUUGACAAAUGUCAAUAAAUAAAAUAAAGUGCGCCAUAGCAAAAUGUAUAUGAAUGCUGUAAGUACAGAAAUUGUUGGCUGGAUGGGAAAUAAAUAUCCAGCUAGCCAGUGACAACUGUGUGGAGUUUGGAGUUUGUGACAGCAACUAUGUAAACUUAUUACAGUAUUAGAGCCACCAUGUCCAUGAUCUUCUAUGUAGAAGAACCCCUUUCCUUCUAAAGACUCUUGUGUAGGUUGUGAGCUUCAUAGACAUGUUACAUGUGUGUGUUCGUGAGAGUCUCAGCUUUUCAUAGAUAGCUUUUAAUAGUUUGUAGCUCAAACCAUUGGACUCCACAGAUGUAUUUUUUUUGUGGGAUCCGCCCUUGUCUCACAAACACCGCUUUAGCUCAGCCCCUGUUAAUCACACAGACUAAUGGUUGGUAUCUACUGAUUCAGAAGAAAUAGACUAAUCCAGUUGUACAACCCAGAAGUGUAGCUCAAACACACAAUGUUUAAAAGGGGUUAGAAGUCCAAAACGUGCUGGUGUUAUGGUGGCACUCCUUGGGUUAAGUUAGCUAGAGAUAAAAGGUAGGUAGCUAGCUACAGUUCAGCCUCUCAAGCUCGGGGGAAUGUUUUUGCUAGCACACAACAUGUUUCUGAUUCAGAACCAUGCCUUGCAGUCGUAUGAUUCGCUAAGAUCAAAUAAUGACAAAUACUUAAAGAGGAGCUGAACCAAAAACAAAACUACUUAUCUAGUUAAAAACAUUCCAUGUGGCAUUGAUAGUAGUCGUAAACAUCAAUUGUCCCAAAAUUGACAAAAAAAAGUGUAUGUUGGAUAAUUUAUAAUGUCAGUAUUUUCCAAAACUGAGGUUUGUGAGAUUUAUGGAAAAAAUGAUUUAAAAUGUUGUCUUGGGUUGGGUUUAGAUUUCAGUCCUGACCACAUUCACACUAACGUGGGACCACUGCCUGGCAGCACCCAAAUCAUCUGAGAACAGCUGCAUGCUAUCCAAUAGUAGCAGCAGAAUCAACCUAUAGCACGCCCAUAUCUUUACAGACAGUAGAACACCCAAUGAGACAACGAACAAGACAUAGCUACAAUACAUCAUCGCCAAUGUUAUGUUGAAAGAACGAGACUUGUUCUUUAUUAACGGCUUGUUUUUUCCCCCAACUCAAACAUCCACACAUUCGUGAGUUAACAUUAGCAUCACAAACACAACUGUCAUUCCUUUAGCCAAAGUCAUAGAUAGCAUGGUGGCGCAGGAUGUUUGGGGUUUGGGAUAAAUCAACUACGGUGAGGGAAGAGGAACAAACAAUAAUAACUGCCGGGGUACGAUAUAUUGAACAUAACACCUACACAUCAAACCACACCCUCAAGAAGCAAAUCUAGUUUUUAUUGAGGAGGAGAAAAACCCAGGUGAAAUCAGUUCAGACCCCCUUUAAGUUCACUACCACAAAGGCCAGAUUUGAGUCGUUGGUGUUCCCGGCUUAUAUGCGCAAUUAGCCUGGGAACGAUGUUAGGCCGAUCAUUACUAUUCCAUGAGGAGAAUUUUGGGACUCUUUGUAUCUCUACUUGUGAAUUGUUGCUAGCUUUUUAGCAUAAGUUAGACACAUUGCAACUGACACAAAGUCUAUGGAGGUUGACUGAUAUGACACACUUUUGACUGUAAUUCCUUUUGGAAUAAGUGCUAAGUCAUCAAACACAAGACUAGACCUCAGGCCUUUUGGAAGCAGAGAACUUGAGUUGGAAGAAGAAGCAAACCGUCAAAUUUAUGGGCUCCCUGGUUCGACAAAACCUACACAAUUACUUGACUGUAUCUGUUUGCCAACUGAACUUGUUUGAAGGGGUUUAGCCUCAAGUGGAAGGAACCGUCACAAAGUAUGGCCAUUAUCUUGGCAGAAGAGAAAGGUGUGAUUUGGAACCUAUUUACCACAUUUUGAGCACAGUUCUACUGUAAAUGACAACCAAUGUCCAAAAAAACGGUACAAUUUUAAGUGACAUUGUAAAUACUGUAUAUCAAUAACUCGGACAGCUGUGAAAGCAUGUUCAAUAGCAUUCUCAAAGCAAGGUUCAGACAACUUUCUAAAGGUAACAUGCAGUUGCUAUGCUGCCAAGAUGGGAUCAACACUAGUGUUUCAAAGUGAAACUAACAAGCUGACGGUUGUUGGCUGAAACGUGUAUAUUUCUUCUGAAUAGAAUUCACUCUUCUAUCGAGAGAGAGAAGCCUCUAGACGAGCGCUCGUCUGAGAGCGAGCUCAAAGCAUGUCGCUCUCUCUCGCUCUAGGCGCGCGCUCGAUCGAUAGUCUUCUCUCGGAGCUCUCUAUCCUCUCAAUCCUCUACUCUCUCUUCCCCUCUCUCUUCAUCUCUCGCUCUCUCUCUCUCUCUCUCUCUCUCUUCUCUUCUCUCUCUCUAUCUCUCUCUCUCUCUCUGGGACACUCACGGCACUACAGCGACUAAUUCGCUUGUCCAAGUCAUCGGGUUGUUCUCCCUCCUGGGAGUGGUUUACUGUCUCAGAGCUGCACUCCUCUGUUUGUGCCUCCCUAAUUACAGAUAACAGUUAGUGCAGUGAGACACACACACAGACACACGCACAAACACACGCUCACACAGUGCCCCCAGGAGGUAGUUCACCUCCCCUGAGAAGGCAGGCAGAAAGUCCUUACUCAGCAAGAAAACCAGGCUAAAAGUGCUUCCAUACUAUUCCGUGCUCGCUUCCCGUACUAUUCUGUGCUCACAUUCCAUGACAGGGAGUAAUGUUCUGCUCCGUAGUCAACAAUUCUGCACCAGUGUUCUCUAUAAGAAUAGCAAAAUGCAGCUGAGUUAUAAACAGAGUUUCUGUGUUUCAAAACUGAGUGAUUAGGAAAUGAGUGAAACAAUAUCAGAAUGGAGACGUUUUGUAAUUCUGAGCCCUCCUGAACCCCGUAUCUAUUGUUGGCCCAAUUCAGCCUGAUUUUAGUGAACCGAGCGAUGCUGCAAAAGGGUAGUGUGAAAGAACUGGGACAGCAUGGCACAGCUUGAUCAUGUGGAAAUGGUAGUACAGAUAACGCUUUGCCAAAGAUUAUAAAACUUCAGGUGGACCAAACAUAGAUUAAGCACUUGGGUACAACUUCAUUCACCACCAUAUUAUUAUUAUUAUUAUUAUUUUUACAGAUUGAAGGGAAACAGUGUAAAAGACAGGUGGGACCGGGAUUCAAUCUCAGCUAGAGGCUCGUAUACAGUGCCUUCAUAAAGUUUUCAUACCUCUUGACUUAUUACACAUUUUGUUGUGUUACAGACUGAAUUCAAAAUUGAUUAAAUAUAUGUUUUUUUCUCACCCAUCUACACACAAUACCACAUAAUGACAAAGUGAAAACGUGUUUUUAGAAAUGUUAGCAACUUUUGUGAAAAUUAAAUACAGAAAUGUCUAAUUUACAUAAGUAUUCACACCCCUGACUCAAUACAUGUUAGAAUCACCUUUGGCAGUGAUUACAGCUGUGAGUCUUUGUGGGUAAAUUGCUAAGAGCUUUGCACACCUGGAUUGUACUAUAUUUGCACAUUACUAUUUUUUUAAUUCUUCAAGCUCUGUCAAGUUGGUUGUUGAUCAUUGCUAGACAUCCAUUUUUAAGUCUUGCCAUAGAUUUUCAAUGUAUUUAAUUCAAAACUGUAACUAGGCCACUCAGGAACAUUCAAUGUCAUCUUGGUAAGCAACUACAGUGUAUAUUUGGCUUUGUGUUUUAGGUUAUUGUCCUGCUGAAAGGUGAAUACGACUUACAGUUAGUGAAUACAUAUAUUUUAAUUUUUUAUACUGGCCCCCCGUGGGAAUCGAACCCACAACCCUGGCGUUGCAAACGCCAUGCUCUAUCAACUGAGCUACAUCCCUGCCGGCCAUUCCCUCCCCUACCCUGGGCCAAUUGUGCAGCGCCCAUGAGUCUCCAGGUCAAGGCCGGCUGCGACAGAGCCUGGAUUCGAACCAGGAUCUCUAGUGGCACAGUUAGCACUGCGAUGCAGUGCCUUAGACCACUGCGCCACUCAGGAGGCUAUUGUCUAUUGGAAAGCAGACUGAACCAGGUUUUCCUCUAGGAUUUUGCCUGUGCUUAGCUCUAUUCCAUUUAUUUCUUAUAAAUAAAAAAACUCCCUAGUCCUUGCCGAUGACAAGCAUGCCCAUAGCAUGAUGCAGCUACCACAGGUAGCUUAGUGGUUAAGAGCGUUGUGCCAGUAACCGAAAGGUCGCUGGUUCUAAUCCCCUAGCCGACUAGGUGAAAAAUCUGUCGAUGUGCCCUUGAGCAAGGCACUUAACCCUAAUUGCUCCUGUAAGUCGCUCUGGAUAAGAGCGUCGACUAAAAUGUAAAUGUAAAUGCUUGAAAAUAUGAAGAGUGAUACUCAGUGAUGUGUGGAGUUGGAUGUGCCCCAAAAAUAACACUUUGUAUUCAGGACAUAAAGUUUUGCAGUUUUACUUAAAUGCCUUAUUGCAAACAGGAUGCAGAUGUUUUGGAAUAUUUAUAUUCUGUACAGGCUUCUUUCUUUUCACUAUUUCAUUUAGGUUAAUAUUGUGGAGUAAGUAGUAGGUAAGUAUUUACUACACAAUAUUAUUGUGCGCCACCCUAUGGGACUCCCAAUCACAGCCGGUUGUGAUACAGCCUGGACUUGAACUAGGGGGUCUGUAGUGACACCUCAAGCACUGAGAUGCAGUGCCUUAGACCGAUGCGCUACUCGGGUGUCACGGUUUCGGCCGAGGCUGCUCCUCCUCCUGGUUCGGGCAGGCAUCGGCGGUCGUCGUCCCCGGAGUACUAGCUGCCACCGAUCUAUGUUUCAUGUUCGUUUGGUUUGGUCUUGAUGUUGUACACCUGUGUCUAGUUAGCAGUGGCGGCUCCUGAAAAAAUUCUCAGGGGGGGGCAAUUUUUCUGAUGAUUUAGGUGACCUACACACAUUUUAAAAAAGAUAUGUCCAGCAACAACAUGAAGACAGGGGCAGCAUAUAAGUCAAUACUGAUAUACACAUUACUUGCUUCAAAAAGGCCUCAUGGUUGAAUUGGAAAUAUGUGCACCUGAGCAAGCAGGAGCUUUUGAUAGAGGCUACUGAAAACAUUGAUGCAAGUUAUUGGUAAUAAGAAAUUUUUAUAGACUUCCAUAUUCUGCCCUCUUGUAUAGAUUUGUGAAAAUGAACAGUGAUAGACAUUUUGCCUGAAAACAGAAUUUGAAAAUAAUUUCUAGAAAAGGUAAACACAGCUAUCUGUAUGGCUUUGUAAAUAUGAACAACCAUAUUCUGGCCAAUUGUAUAGAUUUGUAAAAAAAAUUGUUUACUUUUUUUAAAAUGAAAAAUAACUAUUUUAAACAACAUCAACUGUGAACUGAUUUGGGCGUGUGUGUGUUAAAGAGACAGACAGGGAGGGACAAAGAGAGAGAGAGGCUACAUUACUUGUACUGAAACUGUUCUCUUCUCUCUUUCAAUGCAGCAAAGCGGUCAAUGACUUUCUCAUUGAAAUCAGGCAUGCUGAGGACUAGUUUACUAGUUACUUUUUAGCUUGCUGCAUGAUCAAAUUCAGCUGAUGCGCAUAGCAAUGCACGUAAUGGCCUUUCUUGAAAUGCUCACGCACCUUUUGCCUUCUCUCGCCUCAUCACACUGGCUCCAUCGUAAGCUUGCGCAAUGAGUUUGACUUUCACGUCGUUGGCAAAAAGACCGUUCAGUCUCUCCAAAAGCACACUGGCGAUUGAGACUGAGGUUGAUUCCGAGAUGGGAAGGAACUCAAAAAAGCGCUCCUGCACUUUGUGGUUGUCUCUUUGAUGUGAACUUCUUUCAAAGAGACAAUCGAGUUGCACUGAACGCUAUAGCCAUCUUGAUAGUAGUACGUGAAUUGAUUGAUGCUGCUACCCGCUCUUUUCUUAGUUACGUUCAUGGUUACGUUACGUAUGACGAAAGCGCGUAAGUGCAAGCCCUCAGAAACCCAUAGAGAUUGUAUUGAAAGCUCUGAAAUUUGAAAAAAAUAGAUUUUACAUGGGAGUCUAUGACAGACUUCUGGGCGAUUUUCAACCUGACUGAAAUCGCCCCAAAAGGGGGGGGGGGGGGGGGGGGGGCAUUUGAAGCACGACUUUAGCCUGAUUGGACAUUUAGUGGCAGUGUGGCACUGUGGCAGAUCAGACGUCUAGAUUACAACACUGAUAACUACUGUUGCCGUGAUAUAAUUGAUUAGAAAAAAAAUCCCUUCCUUUUCCCGUUUGGCAGUGCGUCGCCCAUAUCGCCCUAUUGAACACACCACCCCUGCUAGUUAGUCCUCAUUAGUGUUCUAUUUAUGUCUCGUUGGGUGUGUCUGUGUUUGUGUGUGAUUGUUCCUGUCGUAUGUUUGCUUGUCGAUUUCCUUAUUCGCUCGGUUGAGCUUUACUCCACUGUGUUGGAGCGUUUUACGCACCUGUGUAGUGCGCCUUUUGUUUGUUGCCUACGUGCGUAGUUUCGCCUUCGGGCAAGUUUGUUCUGUUUUCCUUGUUGGAUAUUCCACUAAAGUCUUUUGGACUAUACUUCGGUGUCCUGCGCUUGAUUCCACCACUACACCCACCUACAGCAUUUAUGACAUCGGGAGCCAAUAGGAGCCCUUCUUUGCAAGGCAUUGGAAAACCUCAGUCUUUGUGGUUGAAUCUGUGUUUGAAAUUCACUGCUCGACUGAGGGACCUUACAGAUAAUUGUAUGUCUGGGGUACAGAGAUGAGGUAGAAAUUCAAAACAAUAUUAUUGCACUAAGAGUGUGUCCAUGCAACUUAUUAUGUGACUUGUUAAGCAUAUUUUUACUCCUGAAUUUAUUUAGGCUUGCCAUAAUAAAGACAUUGAAUACUUUUUGACUCAAGACAUUUCAGCUUUUAAUUUCUAAAUAAUUCAUAUAGAUUUUAAAAACAUAAUUCCACUUUGGCAUUAUGGGGUAUUGUGUGUAGGCCAGUGGCAAAAUAAAUAUAAAUGUAAUACAUUUUAAAUUCAGGCUGUAACACAAUUUUUUUUGGAAAAAGUGAAGGGGUGUAGAUACUUUCUGAAGGCACUGUACGUGCUGAGGGCUUUGACUUUAACCACACAACCAACCUUAGGCACCAUCUCUCAUCAUUUUUUACAACCUGUGGUACAUACAAACUGUCACCAAUGAGAUUAUAGUCCCGACCACUUCUGAGACUCACUGCCAAGCAGGAUAAGUGACAUCAUCAGGGUGUGAGACACAUACCAGCAGGAUGGUGCCUUGAGGGAGCCAAUGUGAAUCUUUGUCUUCCAAUGAUAACAACACAUUGUUUACAGAAACACAGUGCUUGAUAGCUCCUUUGGGAUUAAUUAAAGGAGAGCAAACGAUUGUGUGUAUGUGUAUGUGUGGGUGUGUGUGUGUGUUCUGUCGACCCUGAGAGUCUAUAAAGGGAACAUUAUCUUCAGCAAUUAUUUUCCCUUUGUUUGGAACAAGUUUCCGGUGCAUAUAAACUUUUUAUGUGCAGAUGUCCUUGUUUGUAUUCGGGGCAUGUACACUCUUAGAACAAAAGGUUCCAAAAUGUUUCUGUGGCUGUCCCAAUAGGAUAACCAUUUUUGAUUUCAGAUAGAACCCUUUUGGGGUUCCAUGUAGAACCCUCUGUGAAAACAGUUCUACAAGGAACCCAAAAGGGUUCUAACUGGAACCAAAAGGGGUUCUUCAAAGGGUUCUCCUAUGGGGACAGCCGAAGAACCCUUUUUGGUUCUAGAUAGCACCUUUCUUCUAAGAGUGCACUAAGUCUUUUGUGUGUGUGUGUGUGUGUGUGUGUGUGUGUGUGUGUGUGUGUGUGUGUGUGUGUGUGUGUGUGCAUGACCUAUAGUGGAGCUGCAGGGCACUGAGGGUCCCCCUCAGAAGAAGCCGACCAAAGAUGCCAGCUUCUGGAUGUGGUCCAAAGAGAAGGCCGUGAGGCGGGCCCAGAACGAGGUCAAGACCAGGAUGAAGACCAACAACUGUCCUGAAGAACCUAGGACCCAGCGGCCCACUCAGGUCAGGACAAACCAUUCCAAAAAUAAAUAAAAAGCCAUCUUUGUUCACAUCCACUAUCCGAGAGAUACAGUUCAGAAACGUAAUAAGCAAUUAGUAUUAUGGCACUACAUAGUUUACAAUGGAUAAACUUAGGGCCUCGCGAGUGGCGCAGCGGUCUAAGGCACUGCAUCACACGUCACUACAGAUCCAGGUUCGAUCCCUGGCUGUGUCGCAGCCAACUGUGUCCGAUAGACCUAUGAGGCAACGUACAAUUGGCCCAGCGUCGUCCGGGUUAGGGAAGGGUUUGGCCGGCCGGGAUGUCCGUGUCCCAUUGCGCUCUAGUGGCUUCUGUGGCGGGCUGGGCGCAUGCAUGCUGACACGGUCGCCAGUUGUACAGUGUUUCCUCUGACACAUUGGUGCGGCUGGCUUCCGGAUUAAGCGAGCAGUGUGUCAAGAAGCAGUGCGGCUUGGCAGGGUCAUGCUUCGGAGGACGCAUGGCUCUCAACCUUCGCCUCUCCUGAAUCCGUACAGUAGUUGCAAUGAUGGGACAAGACUGUAACUACCAAUUGGGGUAAAAAAAGUACUAAAAGAUUUUAGAACUGUACUAUAAGAGCCUCCCUAAACACGUUGUUGUGUAAAUUGAUUGAAUGCUGGUCAGUGGUGACCCUGGUUGGUAUUUGGUACAGCAGUGCCUUCUUCCGGACACACACACACACCUAAUUUGUAUGCCAAUAAAAUCUUUAUAUCUUCAUAUGUGUUGACAGAUUGUUAUUUAUUUACAUAGACCACUGAGGCCAAUAUUCUUAUACAUUUGGCCCUAUUUCUUUUAAUACUGCAGUUGGUAUAACUGUUUACGAAAUACCAUCAAAUAUUGGCAGAAUUUUCACCAUUAAUCCGUUUCUAUUCCAAAGUAGAAAUAUCAAAUCAAAUCAAAUCAAAUUUUAUUUGCCACAUGCGCGGAAUACAACAGGUGUAGACAUUACAGUGAAAUGCUUACUUAUAAGCCCUUAACCAACAAUACAUUUUUUAAAGAAUAGUGUUAAGUAAACAUUUUUUAAAGCAAACAACUAAAGAGCAGCAGUAAAAUAAAAUAACAGUAGGGAGGCUAUAUAUAGGGGGGUACCGGUGCAGAGUCAAUGUGCGGGGGCACUGGCUAGUCGAGGUAAUUGAGGUAAUAUGUACAUGUGGGUAGAGUUAAAGUGACUAUGCAUAAAUAAUAGACAGAGUAGCAGCAGCGUAAAAGAGGGGUGGGGGGGCAGUGCAAAUAGUCUGGGUAGCAAUGAUUAGCUGUUCAGGAGUCUUAUGGCUUGGGGGUAGAUGCUGUUGAGAAGCCUUUUUGACCUAGACUUGGUGCUCCGGUACCGCUUGCCGUGCGGUAGCAGAGAGAACAGUCUAUGACUAGGGUGGCUGGAGUCUUUGACAAUUUUGAGGGCCUUCCUCUGACAACGCCUGGUAUAGAGGUCCUGGAUGGCAGGAAGCUUGGCCCCAGUGAUGUACUGGGCCGUACGCUCUACCCUCUGUAGUGCCUUGCGGUCGGAGGCCGAGCAGAUGCCAUACCAGGCGGUGAUGCAACCAGUCAGGAUGCUCUCGAUGGUGCAGCUGUAGAACUUUUUGACGAUCUGAGGACCCUGCCAAAUCUUUUCAGUCUCCUGAGGGGGAAUAGGCUUUGUCAUGCCCUCUUCACGACUGUCUUGGUGUUUAGUCCCAGGAUCCUUAGCUUAGUGAUGAGCUUUGAUGGCACUAUGGUGUUGAACGCUGAGCUGUAGUCAAUGAACAGCAUUCUCAUGUAGGUGUGUGUUCCUCUUGUCCAGGUGGGAAAGGGCAGUGUGGAGUGCAAUAGAGAUUGCAUCAUCUGUGGAUCUGUUGGGGCGGUAUGCAAAUUGGAGUGGGUCUAGGGAUUCUGGGAUAAUGGUGUUGAUGUGAGCCAUGACCAGCCUUUCAAAGCACUUCAUGGCUACAGACGUGAGUGCUACGGGUCGGUAGUCAUCUAGGCAGGUUAUCUUAGUGUCCUUGGGCACAGGGACUAUGGUGGUCUGCUUGAAACAUGUUGGUAUUACAGACUCAGUCAGGGACAUGUUGAAAAUGUCAGUGAAGACACUUGCCAGUUGAUCAGCACAUGCUUGGAGUACAUGUCCUGGUUAUCCGUCUGGCCCUGCGGCCUUGUGAAUGUUGACCUGCUUAAAAGUCUUAGUCACAUCGGCUAUGGAGAGCGUGAUCACAUAGUCAUCCGGAACAGCUGGUGCUCUCAUGCAUGCGUCAGUGUUGCUUGCCUCGAAGCGAGCAUAGAAGUGAUUUAGCUCGUCUGGUAGGCUUGUGUCACUGGACAGCUCACGGCUGUGCUUACUUUUGUAGUCUGUAAUAGUUUUCAAGCCCUGCCACAUCCGACGAUUGUCAGAGCCGGUGAAGUACGAUUCAAUCUUAGUCCGGUAUUGUCUCUUUGCCUGUUUGAUGGUUCGUCGGAGGGCAUAGCGGGAUUUCUUAUAAGCGUCCGGGUUAGAGUCCCGCUCCUUGAAAGCGGCAGCUCUACCCUUUAGCUCAGUGCGGAUGUUGCCUGUAAUCCAUGGCUUCUGGUUGGGGUAUGUACGUACAGUCACUGUGGGGAUGACGUCACCGAUGCACUUAUUGAUGAAGCCAGUGAGUGAUGUGGUGUACUCCUCAAUACUAUCUGAAGAAUCCCGGAACAUAUUCCAGUCUGUGCUAGCAAAACAGUCCUGUAGCUUAGCAUCUGCAUCAUCUGACCACUUUUUAUUAACCGGGUCACUGGUGCUUCCUGCUUUAGUUUUUGCUUCUAAGCAGGAAUCAGGAGGAUAGAGUUAUAGUCAGAUUUGCCAAAUAUCAGAGCCAAGUAGAAUUGCGUUACAUUUGCAUUCAACAGUGUUUAUUUGCUUCAAUCAAGAUCACGUGCCUUACAAGGACAACCUUGUUAUUAGUUGACUAACACAGCCCUAGUUAGCCCUACAUUCAUUUUCCAAACAACCCCUUGUCGUCCGGUUCAUGUGAGCUUUGCUCAAAGCAAAAAUAUGUGGCAUGCUAAUAUGCAUGGCCCCCGGGCCCCACAGAGAAGAGCCAUAAGUGUUCAGACCUAGGAAACAACCAUAUACAUGCACAGAUCUUCUCCCUCAUUUAACUCUAUGUAUUGCCACUAAACAGAAAAUAGGCGAGGGGGAACACAUUGAUAAGACCAUUAGAGACAACAAUAGAUAUAGUAAUGCAGUAAACGGGGGUAGGAAAAAUGGGGAGUCAGUUCUGUGGGCUGGUAAGUUGUGGGUUGUGGAGGGACAACUAAAAUGACAAUUCAACACUUUGAUCCACUUUGAUGGCUGUCAUAUACUAAUGUACAGUAUAAAUAGGCCAGCGGAACACAGCCCUCAGCUCUGUCACGCUGUGCACCCUUCAUACAAUUCAAUCACUUAUGUACUAGAUGGUGCUGAGUUGAAUGUGUGUAAGUUCAACAGUCAGUAUUUUGUCUGUGCUUUUCAGAGACAUUGUCAACUGGAGCUGAACAAGGUGCUGGAGGAGCUCUCCAAGAUUACCUUUCAUGACAACAGAGAACCACUGGAGAAUCUGUACGAGCUCAACUUCCCCAACUGUGACAGAAGGGGCCAGUACAAUCUCAAACAGGUGAGCCUCAAAUCAUUGAUAUGGUUAAUGUAAUAUACUGUAGCCUCACAGCAAAUUGGCCAGUUUAGAUUUUUCAGUGUAACAUUUCUAAAAGAACCACAGUGUUGGUGUUGGUGUCCCCCCCCCCUCCCCCCCAAAAAAAAAAUUGUAAAGUGGUUAUCCCGGCAGGUAGCGGCAGGUAGCUUAGUGGGUAAGAGCGUUGUGCCAGUAACCGAAAGGUCGCUGGUUCUAAUCCCCGAGCCGACUAGGUGAAAAAUCUGUCGAUGUGCCCUUAAGCAAGGUACUUAACCCUAAUUGCUCCUGUAAGUCGCUCUGGAUAAGAGCGUCUGCUAAAUGACUAAAACAUAAAACAAACAAAACAAUCCCACUGGCUAUAGGGUGAAUGCACCAAUUUGUGAGUCGCUCUGGAUAAGAGCGUCUGCUAAAUGACGUAAAUGUGCCCUUGAGCAAGGCACUUAACCCUAAUUGCUCCUGUAAGUCGCUCUGGAUAAGAGCGUCUGCUAAAUGACUAAAAUGUAAAUGUAAAUGUUAAUAACCAGUGUUGACUGUGAGAGUGUGAUUGUGUCUAGUUUACUCUGUGGAGAGUAAAACAUUUUCAUCAAAACUACGGCCAUCAUUAUCAUUUUCCCCAGCAUGCUCUACUGCAGCUAGAUUUUUUGGGGAUUGUUUUUGCAUGUACAUUGAUUGAUUGAUUAAUCUUAUGCUACACAAAGAUAAUUAACUCACCUAUCAGUUAGUUAGAUUUAUUGCACCCAUUACUGAAAUGGUUGUUCCAGUUUAAAUGGUUUAGGUAGUCUCCUUUAUCAAUAUUCCUAACCCUGAGAGUCAUCCUGAAUGCAGGUUGCAGAUGAAUACAAAUUCAAACUGUUGGAUGUCCUAACUCUGGCUGAAUUCCAAUAGGAAUUACAUAUCACUUUGCACUUCAGCAUAAUGUGACUUGCAGGCCUGAUGUGGCCUGUAAACCAGUAGGUUCUUAACACCCCUGUGUUGGGGUAAAACAUAGGCAUCAAAGCAAGGCUUUAUGAAAUUAUCCAAUAGUAGGUUUUGGUUGAAGCGCAAUGUUAAAUUCAAAUAUCCCUACUUUCAUAUCUAUGCCAAUAUGACACCAAUGUCGAUGAAAAUGUGCAAAUCACCUUGAUUGUAGGUACACAACACACUUCCUGCCUCUCGCCAUGAGCCAUCCGGCCAUUUCCGAGAACCACAUACCGGAUUUUUAACAGGGUCAUUAACAAAAAUACCCCGACCUAAUUCAAUAUCAAGGCGUUGGAUAAGAACGAGACUACAGCAUCCAUAAAGUGACUAUUAGACUUGCCACCUUUCGGAUGGAAUUUUUAGGGGCAACAGUUUUGAUUCAAUUGAUAAUUUAUGUGUGCCAAUAGAGAACUAAUGAUGUGCUAUCUUUUUGUAGCAUUUCUGACAAUACGAAUAUAUUUUUCAGCCGAAUCUCAGAGUUCUAAAACUGGGUGGAGCAACUCGAUUGCUCAGCAACAACACAGCUUCACCAGGCUGCCAGUCAUUAGAAGUGUAUUUUUUUAUUUAUUCCCCAUUAGCUUUUGGCAGCUAUUCGUCAUGGGGUCCAUAAAAAACACAAAACAUGAAAAGUAACACUGAUACGGCCCAAGAAAACUUCCCCGAGGGACACCGCACUGUAUAUAUCUGAUGUUAUUGAAGCUUCCAUUCAUGAACUCUCUUUGGGCUCUAUUGAAUAAAUAACUCUCCAACCAUGUGAUGGCAGGUAAUGUAAAGCCAAAAUAACUGAGUUUCUUCAAUAACAAUGUAUGAUCAAUAACAUCAAAGGCUGCACUGUAAUCUAUAGUGAGGGAAAAAAGUAUUUGAUCCCCUGCUGAUUUUGUAUGUUUGCCCACUGACAAAGACAUGAUCAGUCUAUACUUUUAAUGGUAGGUUUAUUUGAACAGUGAGAGACAGAAUAACAACAACAAAAAUCCAGAAAAACGCAUGUCAAAAAUGUUAUGAAUUGAUUUGCAUUUUAAUGAGGGAAAUAUGUAUUUGACCCCUCUGCAAAACAUGACUUAGUACUUGGUGGCAAAACCCUUGUUGGCAAUCACAGAGGUCAGACGUUUCUUGUAGUUGGCCACCAGGUUUGCACACAUCUCAGGAGGGAUUUUGUCCCACUCCUCUUUGCAGAUCUUCUCCAAGUCAUUAAGGUUUUGACGUUCGGCAACUCGAACCUUCAGCUCCCUCCACAGAUUAUCUAUGGGAUUAAGGUCUGGAGACUGGCUAGGCCACUCCAGGACAUUAAUGUGCUUCUACUUGAGCCAUUCCUUUGUUGCCGUGGCCGUGUGUUUUGGGUCAUUGUCAUGCUGGAAUACUCAUCCAUGACCCAUUUUCAAUGCCCUGGCUGAAGGAAGGAGGUUCUCACCCAAGAUUUGACGGUACAUGGCGCCGUCCAUCGUCCCUUUGAUGCUGUGAAGUUGUCCUGUCCCCUUAGCAGAAAAACACCCCCAAAGCAUAAUGUUUCCACCUCCAUGUUUGACGGUGGGGAUGGUGUUCUUGGGGUCAUAGGCAGCAUUCCUCCUCCUCCAAACAUGGCGAGUUGAGUUGAUGCCAAAGAGCUCGAUUUUGGUCUCAUCUGACCACAACACUUUCAACCAGUUCUCCUCUGAAUCAUUCAGAUGUUCAUUGGAAAACUUCAGACGGCCCUGUAUAUGUGCUUUCUUGAGCAGGGGGACCUUGCGGGCCCUGCAGGAUUUCAGUCCUUCACAGCGUAGUGUGUUACCAAUUGUUUUCUUGGUGACUAUGGUCCCAGCUGCCUUGAGAUCAUUGACAAGAUCCUCCCGUGUAGUUCUGGGCUGAUUCCUCACCGUUCUCAUGAUCAUUGCAACUCCACGAGGUGAGAUCUUGGAUGGAGACCCAGGCCGAGGGAGAUUGACUGUUAUUUUGUGUUUCUUCCAUUUGCGAAUAAUCGCACCAACUGUUGUCACCUUCUCACCAAGCUGCUUGGCAAUGGUGUUGUAGCCCAUUCCAGCCUUGUGUAGGUCUACAAUCUUGUCCCUGACAUCCUUGGAGAGCUUUUUGGUCUUGGCCAUGGUGGAGCGUUUGGAAUCUGAUUGAUUGAUUGCUUCUGUGGACAGGUGUAUUUUAUAUAGGUAUUAAACUGAGAUUAGGAGCAAUCCCUUUAAGAGUGUGCUCCUAAUCUCAGCUUGUUACCUGUAUAAAAGACACCUGGGAGCCAGAAAUCUUUCUGAUUGAGAGGGGGUCAAAUACUUAUUUCCCUCAUUAAAAUGCAAAUCAAUUUAUAACAUUUUUGACAUAUGUUUUUCUGGAUAAUUUUGUUGUUAUUCUGUCUCUCACUGUUUAAAUAAACCUACCAUUAAAAUGAUAGACUGAUCAUUUCUUUGUCAGUGGGCAAACGUACAAAAUCAGCAGGGGAUCAAAUUCUUUUUUCACUCACUGUAACAAUACAGCUCCAACUAUCAUCUUAUUAUCAAUUUAUUUUAACUAAUCAUCUGUCAUCUGAGUCAAUCAGUAGAAGUUUGAUUGCCCUGCAUGCUGAAAGUCAGUGGUUAACUUGUUCUCUGAAAAAUAGCAUUGCAUUUGGUAAAACACAAUUCUCUUCAUCAGUUUACUAAGAACAGGCAGCAAACCGAUUGGGCAGCUGUUAGAACCAGCAAUGGGUGCUUUACUAUUUUUAGGCAGUGGAAUUACUUCAAAUCACAUUUUAUUGGUUGCAUACACAUAUUUAGCAUAUGUUAUUGCGGGUGUAGCGAAACGCUUCCUUCCAUGCCUGUGGACAAACACACUCCUUAAGGCUGUGGUUAAAGAUAUAGCAAAUAGGGGUGGCAAUACAGUCGUGGUCAAACGUUUUGAGAAUGACACAAAUAUUAAUUUUCACAAAGUCUGCUGCCUCAGUUUUUAUGAUGGCAAUUUGCAUAUACUCCAGAAUGUUAUGAAGAGUGAUCAGAUGAAUUACAAUUAAUUGCAAAGUCCCUCUUUUGUAGCAUUUCAUUUUGGAUCCAUGGCCAGAAAAUUGCGGAUAGAAAUCAGUGCGCGAUGAAGUAGUGCACACAAAAUGUACUUUUUCGCUUACGUUUUCAUGUACCAAAUAAAAAUCGAAAAUUCAAUGUGUUUCUGUCUCAUUUUCAACUCUACCAAUAUUUUUGUCACAAAAACUGCUGCGUUAAAUAGCAAAUGUGCCUACUCUCAUCUUGGCACAUGUGCUCUAGCCAACUGCUCACAGAUACAUUGCAAGUAGGCUGUCAUUCACGGCCAUUCCAGUGGCGAGUCUACAUUAUGAGAUUACUAUGGAUAAGAGCGAGCAUAUGUUUAUUUGUCAAAUGGCAGUCAAGCAUCGAUCAUCAUGUCACCAGAAUAAGUCCAUCAAUAUUUAUUGGAAAGGAUCAUAAAGAUCACCGUUCACAUUCACCACCCUGUGAAGUUCAUCAUAAUUUAUUGAAUCUGUAGCCUAAUAAACUGCAUGGUUUCCCGAGUCGUAAUGCGAGGACCAGGGGCGGUGUGUUCAAUAGGGCGAUAUGGGCGACGCACUGCCAAACGGGAAAAGGAAGGGAUUUUUUUUCUAAUCAAUUAUAUCACGGCAACAGUAGUUAUCAGUGUUGUAAUCUAGACGUCUGAUCUGCCACAGUGCCACUAAAUGUCCAAUCAGGCUAAAGUCGUGCUUCAAAUGGCCCCCCCCCCCUUUUGGGGCGAUUUCAGUCAGGUUGAAAAUCGCCCAGAAGUCUGUCAUAGACUCCCAUGUAAAAUCAAUUUUUUUCAAAUAUCAGAGCUUUCAAUACAAUCUCUAUGGGUUUCUGAGGGCUUGCACUUACGCGCUUUCGUCAUACGUAACAUAACCAUGAACGUAACUAAGAAAAGAGCGGGUAGCCUCGUCAAUCAAUUCACUACUACUAUCAAAAUGGCUAGGCUUCAGUGCAACUCGAUUGUGUCUUUGAAAGAAGUUCCUUUUUGUCGGCGAACAAAUGAAGAUAAAUUGGCAACGAAACAAUUAGGACCUCCCAGACCAAAUUUAAUAAUUCAACAGGUUUCUACUAAAGGGGGGAAGUCCUACACCCGAGGAUUUUCCAAAAAUUGGUACGAACGAAAAUCCUGGCUAGCAGGCUGCGAUGUAGCUAAUGCAGUCUUCUGCUACCCCCUGCUUACUCUUUCACCCUGAAGGCGGCACGGCAGACAGCACCGCUUGGACAGCGACUGGUGUGUAACGGACAUGCACCAUCUUUCAGGAAAGAUUAAGAAACAUGAGCUGUCAAAGACCCACAUGGAUAGCUGUUUGAGAUUGUCUGCUUUGGGGAGAGUGAACAUUCCCACUCAACUGGAUGAGGGAUACAGGCUAGCUGUCCGCCGCCACAACGAUGAGGUUAGUGUUGAUAAUCACAAGUUUACUGGAGAACUGAAACUGACAAGGCUGACAAGAUAGGACCCUUUUGUCCUUUGUUAUUGGAUAGGAACAGAACGUAUAACCAGCUCCUGACCUAAAUAGAUCUUAGCACAACAUUUUACUCAACAUAUCAUAUUCCAUAUUCACUAUAACAAAUAUAUUUACUACGACAUUAGCAAGAACCGCCACAUCCUCAGCCGGCUAAUCCAGUGUGUGAAGUUUUGCGGAGUGUUUGAGUUAGCUUUGCGGGGCAAAGAUGAAACUGAGGGCUCCACCAACCCUGGUAAGCCAACACUUUUGAGAUCAGUCAAUAAAUGCUUCUGGUAUUGACUUAUAUGCUGCCCCUGUCUUCAUGUUGUUGCUGGACAUAUCUUUUUUAAAAUGUGUGUAGGUCACCUAAAUCAUCAGAAAAAUUGCCCCCCCUGAGAAUUUUUUCAGGAGCCGCCACUGGCGAGGACCACACACCAUAUCAUUGCGUGACUCCAAGUUUAUUUCAAUAUGAUGGUUAUUAUAUCAAUAUUUGUGCUUACAGGUGUUUCCACCGCCAUUUCUCACAUUAUUAAUUUUACAGACACAAAAAGAUCCCACCAUGUCGAACUAACAAAUGAUCUUUCGUCAUUUAUAAAAUUGUACCGAAACGUCCUGUUUCCAUCACAGCUGUAGUGAUUUUUUGCUUUUAUACAGUAUGACUUUACUCACAUAAAAACUAUGGAUGGAAACGUGGUUAUAGACAGCCUUUUGGUUGCUCAAAAAAAUAUUGUUUGGCAUGUAGAAAUGUUGUAUAGUGCACCUUAAAGCUAAGAGGUCUUUGUGAUGCUUUUCAAAUUUAAGUCUGAGGCCAAGUUUUUGAAACAGUGAGGAAUUAGUGGACCAAUCUAGCAUAAUUGUCACGAUCGCCAAUGAAGUAGGACCAAAGCGCAGCGUUGGGAGUGAACAUGAUGACUUUAAUGUUGAAUACACGACAAAACAAAACACGAUCCGUAAAGUCCUCAGUACACCGACUGAACAUAGAACAAAAACCCACAACCACAAGGUGAACACAGACAUUUUAAAUAUGGCUCCCAAUCAGAGAUAACGAGCCGACAGCUGACACUCGUUACCUCCGAUUGGGAGUCACUGACCAAACAUAGAACGCGAACACCUAGACACUACACACAGUACAAAACACACGGAAAUCUACACACCCUGACUAAACAUAAAAAGUCCCAGAGCCAGAGUGUGACAGUACCCCCCCCUAAAGGCGCGGACUGCGACCGCGCCUAAAUACAAGCAAACAGGGGAGGGCUGGGUGGGCAUUCCUCCUCGGCGGCGGCUCCGGCUCCGGGCUUCCUCCCCACUUCCUCUCCAACCCCCCAAAGUACCCCUGGUCCUGUCUAGCCCCGCUGGCCGGAACCGGACUGACGACACGCGCCCCUGGCUUGGUGCGUGGAACAGGAACGGACCGGGCCGGGCUGACGAUACACACCCCUGGCUUGGUGCGUGGAGCAGGAACGGACCGGAAUGGGCUGGCAACGCGCACCACAGACUUGGUGCGGAGAGCAGGAACGAGCCGGACAGGGCUGACGAAACGCACCCUUGGCUUGGUGCGUGGAGCAGGAACAGGCCGGACAGGGCUGACAAGACGCACCACAGACUUGAGCCGGGGAGCAGGAACAGGCCGAACCGGGCUGGCGACACGUACCACAGCCUUGGUGCGGAGAGCAGGCACGGGCCGGACAGGGCUGACGAAACGCACCACAGACUUGGUGCGGGGAGCAGGAACAGGCCGGGCCGGGCUGGCGACGCGCAUCAUUGGCUUGGUGCGGGGAGCAGGCACGGGCCGGACAGGGCUGACGAAACGCACCACAGACUUGGUGCGGGGAGCAGGAACAGACAGGACCGCACUGGGGACACACACCCCUGGCCCUCCACGGGGAUCAGGAACGGGCCGGACCGGACUGGUAACACACCCCAGUACCUUUCGCCCUGCCUCCACACCUUCCUUCCCCUUCGUGACCAGUGGCCCCCUUAACCUGGCGGCCUCCUCUGCCAACCUUCUGCACUCCUCAAUCCCGUACUCCUGCUGCCCCGACGUCAUGAGCCCCCCCCUAAAAAUUUUCUGGGGGUCUCUCCUCCCCGUGGACCAGGCCUCUAAUGUCCUCUCCCAACCUUCGCUCUUCUGGCUCCACCACUCGUCAUCCAACUGCUGCUUGGUCUGGUUGUGGUGGGUUUUUCUGUCACGAUCGCCAAUGAAGUAGGACCAAAGCGCAGCGUUGGGAGUGAACAUGAUGACUUUAAUGUUGAAUACACGACAAAACAAAACACGAUCCGUAAAGUCCUCAGUACACCGACUGAACAUAGAACAAAAACCCACAACCACAAGGUGAACACAGACAUUUUAAAUAUGGCUCCCAAUCAGAGAUAACGAGCCGACAGCUGACACUCGUUACCUCCGAUUGGGAGUCACUGACCAAACAUAGAACGCGAACACCUAGACACUACACACAGUACAAAACACACGGAAAUCUACACACCCUGACUAAACAUAAAAAGUCCCAGAGCCAGAGUGUGACAAUAAUGAAAGCUUCCUCAACUAAUAACAAUCACACACACACACACACACACACACACACACACACACACACACACACACACACACACACACACAUCCAGACCAAGAUCACAUCAUGGAAGAGCUCUGUCUCUUCUGCCAGUGGGGCUGGACCUGCAAGCAGAUGGCUACAGACAGAGGAAUGGAAGAGAAGGGAAAGGGCUUUGGAAAGCAGUCAUAUAUAUAUAUAUAUAGAUGUAGAGCAAGAUGGCACCGACAGACAUGGCAGCUCUGCUUCUAGCUCCUAAGCAACUUAGCAGUAUUUCUUUUUUUUAUUAGCCCAGAAAGUUUUUUGUGUUAUUACAUACAGCCGGAUAUAACUUUUGGAUAUCAGGGCGGCGGUAACUCACCAGCAUUACGACCAGGAAUACGACUUUCCCGAAAUGGAUCCUUUGUUGGUACCCCCAGGGCAACUGAACUUAUCCCAGAGGCUGCUCCAAGUCGCCGCCAGUGGAGAAGGGGUAUUCUGAGUGGACUUCUAGUCCGACUCAGGAGGCGGGCACACCAUCCACCGCUUCCGAGUAUAUUAUUUGCUAAUGUUCAGUCUCUGGACAAUAAAGUAGACGAGCUCAGGGCGAGGAUCUCCUUCUACAGAGACAUCAGGGACUGUAACAUACUCUGUUUCACGGAAUCAUGGCUCUCUCGGGAUAUACUGUCGCCAUCCAUACAGCCAGCUGGGUUCUCAGUUCAUCGCGCAGACAGGAAUAAAGAACUCUCCAGGAAGAAGAAAGACGGAGGUGUAUGCUUCAUGAUUAACUACUGGUGUGAUUGUGGUAACAUAUGUAAACUCAAGUCCUUUUGUUCACCCGAUCUAGAAUGCCUCACAAUGAAAUGCCGACCGUAUUACCUCCCAAGAGAAUUAUCUUCAGUUUUAGUCACAGCCGUGUAUAUUCCCCCUCAAGCCGAUACCACGACGGCCCUCAAGGAACUACACUGGACUUUAUGCAAAAUGGAAACCACAUAUCCUGAGGCCGCAUUUAUUGUAGCUGGAGAUUUGAAACAAAGCACAUUUGAGGAAAACGCUACCUAAGUUAUAUUAACACAUUGACUGUAGUACUCUCUUAGGAAAAACACUAGAUCACUGCUGCUCACCUUUUCAAAAUGCCUCCAAGGCCCUCCCCUGCCCUCCUUUCGGCAAAUCAGAUCACGACUCUAUUUUGCUCCUCCCUUCCUAUAGGCAGAAACUCAAACAGGAAGUACCAAUGCUAAGGUCUAUUCAAUGCUGGUCUGACCAAUCAGAAUCCAUGCUUCAAGAUUGUUUUCAUCUCGCGGAUUGGGAUAUGUUCUGGGUAGCCUCUGAGAAUAAUAUUGAUGCUUACACAAACACGGUGACUGAGUUCAUCAGGAAUUGUAUAGGGAAUGUUGUUCCCACGGUGACUAUUAUAAGAUUUUAGAUUUUAGUCAUUUAGCAGAUGCUCUUAUCCAGAGCGACUUACAGUUAGUGAGCGCAUACAUUUUUUAUAACCUACCCAAACCAGAAACCGUGGAUAGAUGGCAGCAUUGGCGCAAAACUGAAAGCGCGAACCACCGCAUUUAACUAUGGAAAGGUGACUGAGAAUAUGGUUGAAUACAAACAGUGUAGUUAUUCCCCCCGUAAAUCAAUCAAACAGGCAAAACGUCAGUACAGAGACAAAGUGGAGUUGCAAUUCAAAGGCUCAGAUACGAGACGUGUGUGGCAGGGUCUACAGACAAUCACGGAUUACAAAGGGAAAACCAGCCACGUCGCGGACACCGACAUCUUGCUCCCAGACAAGCUAAACACCUUCUUCACCCGCUUUGAGGAUAACACAGUGCCAUCGACGUGGCCUGCUCCCAAGGACUGUGGGCUCUCGUUCUCCAUGGCCGAAGUGAGUAAGAUGUUUAAGCGUGUUAACCCUCCCAAGGCUGCCGGCCCAGACGGCAUCCCUAGCUGCGUCCUCAGAGCAUGCGCAGACCAGCUGACUGGAGUGUUUAAGGACAUAUCACCUCUACCUUACCUUCCACCCUAGACGCACUUCAAUUUGCUCACCGCCCCAAUAGAUCCACAGACGAUGCAAUCGCCAUCACACUGCACGCUGCCCUAUCCCAUCUGGACAAGAGGAAUACCUAUGUCAGAAUGCUGUUCAUUGACUAUAGCUUAGCCUUCAACACCAUAGUACCCUCCAAGCUCAUCAUUAAGCUCGGGCCCUGGGUCUGAACCCCGCCCUGUGCAACUGGGUCCUGGACUUCCUGACGGGCCGCCACCAGGUGGUGAAGGUAGGAAACAACACCUCCGCUUCGCUUAUCCUCAACACAGGGACCCACAAGGGUGAAUGCUCAGCCCCCUCCUGUACUCCCUGUACCAACAAUGACGAGACAGCCUACAGGGAGGAGGUGAGGGCCCUGGCAGAGUUGGGCCAGGAAAAUAACCUCUCUCUCAACGUCAACAAAACGAAGGAGCUGAUUGUGGACUGCAGGAAACAGCAGCGGGAGCACGCCCCUAUCCACAUCGACCGGACCGCAGUGGAGAAGGUGGAAAGCUUCAAGUUCCUUGGCGUACACAUCACUAACAAUCUGAAAUGGUCCACCCACACAGACAGUGUGGUGAAGAAGGCGCAACAGCACUUUUCAACCUCAGGAGGCUGAAGAAAUUCGUCUUGGCCCCUAAGACCCUCAGAAAAGUUUUACAGAUGCACAAUUGAGAGCAUCCUGUUGGGCUGUAUCACCGCCUGGUACGGCAACUGCACUGCCCACAAUCGCAGGGCUCUCCAGAGGGUGGUACGGUCUGUCCAACGCAUCACCAGGGGCACACUGCCUGCCCUCCAGGACACCUAUAGCACCCGAUGUCACAGGAAGGCCAAAAAGAUCAUUAAGGAUAUCAACCACUGAGCCAUGGCCUGUUCACCCCGCUAUCAUCCAUAAGGUGAGGUCAGUAUAGGUGCAUCAAAGCUGUGACCGAGAGACUGAAAAACAGCUUCUAUCUCAAGGCCAUCAGACUGUUAAAUAGCCAUCACUAGCCGGCUACCACCCGGUUACUCAACCCUGCACCUUAGAGGCCGCUGCCCUAUAUACAUAGACAUGGAAUCACUGGCCACAUUAAUAAUGGACAAUAGUCACUUAAAUAAUAUUUACAUACUGCUUUACUCAUCUCAUAUACAUAUACAGUGAGGGAAAAAAGUAUUUGAUCCCCUGCUGAUUUUGUAUGUUUGCCCACUGACAAAGAAAUUAUCAGUCUAUAAUUUUAAUGGUAUGUUUAUUUGAACAGUGAGAGACAGAAUAACAACAACAAAAACAGAAAAACGCAUGUCAAAAAUGUUAUAAAUUUAUUUGCAUUUUAAUGAGGGAAAUAAGUAUUUGACCCCCUCUCAAUCAGAAAGAUUUCUGGCUCCCAGGUGUCUUUUAUAUAGGUAACGAGCUGAGAUUAGGAGCACACUCUUAAAGGGAGUGCUCCUAAUCUCAGCUUGUUACCUGUAUAAAAGACACCUGUCCACAGAAGCAAUCAAUCAGAUUCCAAACUCUCCACCAUGUUCAAAACCAAAGAGCUUUCCAAGGAUGUCAGGGACAAGAUUGUAGACCUACACAAGGCUGGAAUGGGCUACAACACCAUCGCCAAGCAGCUUGGUGAGAAGGUGACAACAGUUGGUGCGAUUAUUCGCAAAUGGAAGAAACACAAAAGAACUGUCAAUCUCCCUCGGCCUGGGGCUCCAUGCAAGAUCUCACCUCGUGGAGUUGCAAUGAUCAUGAGAACGGUGAGGAAUGAGCCCAGAACUACACGGGAGGAUCUUGUCAAUGAUCUCAAGGCAGCUGGGACCAUAGUCACCAAGAAAACAAUUGGUAACACACUACGCCAUGAAGGACUGAAAUCCUGCAGCGCCUGCAAUGUCCCCCUGCUCAAGAAAGCACAUAUACAGGCCAGUCUGAAGUUUGCUAAUGAAUAUCUGAAUGAUUCAGAGGAGAACUGGGUGAAAGUGUUGUGGUCAGAUGAGACCAAAAUCGAGCUCUUUGCCAUCAACUCAACUCGCCGUGUUUGGAGGAGGAGGAAUGCUGCCUAUGACCCCAAGAACACCAUCCCCACCGUCAAACAUGAAACAUUAUGCUUGAAACAUUAUGCUUUGGGGGUGUUUUUCUGCUAAGGGGACAGGACAACUUCACCGCAUCAAAGGGACGAUGGACGGGGCCAUGUACCGUCAAUUCUUGGGUGAGAACCUCCUUCCCUCAGCCAGGGCAUUGAAAAUGGGUCGUGGAAGGGUAUUCCAGCAUGACAAUGACCCAAAACACACGGCCAAGGCAACAAAGGAGUGGCUCAAGAAGAAGCACAUUAAGGUCCUGGAGUGGCCUAGCCAGUCUCCACACCUUAAUCCCAUAGAAAAUCUGUGGAGGGAGCUGAAGGUUCGAGUUGCCAAACGUCAGGCUCAAAACCUUAAUGACUUGGAGAAGAUCUGCAAAGAGGAGUGGGACAAAAUCCCUCCUGAGAUGUGUGCAAACCUGGUGGCCAACUACAAGAAACGUCUGACCUCUGUGAUUGCCAACAAGGGUUUUGCCACCAAGUACUAUGUCAUGUUUUGCAGAGGGGUCAAAUACUUAAUUCCCUCAUUAAAAUGCAAAUCAAUUUAUAACAUUUUUGACAUGCGUUUUUCUGGAUUUUGUUGUUGUUAUUCUGUCUCUCACUGUUCAAAUAAACCUACCAUUAAAAUUAUAGACUGAUCAUGUCUUUGUCAGUGGGCAAACGUACAAAAUCAGCAGGGGAUCAAAUACUUUUUUCCCUCACUGUAUACUGUAUUAUAUUCUACUGUAUUUAGUCAAUGCACUCCGACAUUACUCAUUCUAAUAUUUAAAUAUAUCUUAAUUCCAUUGUUUUACUUUUAGAUAGGUGUAUUGUUGUGAAUUGUUAGACACUACUGCACUGUUGGAGCUAGGGACACAAGCAUUUCGCUACACCCGCAAUAACAUCUGCUAAAUUGGUGUUUGUGACCAAUAACAUUUGAUUUGAUUUGUGUGACUGCUUUCCAAAGUCCUUUCCCUUCUCUUCCCUUCCUCUGUCAGUGGCCAUCUGCCAUAAAUAUAUAUAUAUAUAUAUAUAUAUAUAUAUCAGUGGAGGCUCCUCAGAGGAGGAAGGGGAGGACCAUCCUCCUUAUUGAAUUUCAUAAAAAGUUAAAUAUUUAAACAUUUAAAAAGUUAGCGUUUUUAGAUACAAUUAUACUAAAUAUAUUCACGUCACCAAAUAAUUGAUUAAAACACACUGUUUUGCAAUGAAGUUCUACAGUAGCCUCAGCAGCACUCUGUAGGGUAGCACUAUGGUGUAGCUGGAGGACAGCUAGCUUCUGUCCUUGUCUGGGUACAAUGACUUCAAUACAAAACCCUCAUCGUUCUCACCCCCUUCCAUAGACUUACACAGUAAUUAUGACAACUUCCGAAGACUUACACAGUAAUUAUGACAACCUAUCAGAGCUCUUGCUGCAUGGACUGACAUGUUGUCCACCCAAUCAAAGGAUCAGAUAAUUAAUCUAGUACUGAAAGCAUAAACUACAGCUAGCUAGCACUGCAUUGCAUAAAAUGUGGUGAGUAACAAGCUAGAGAGAUGCAAAAGAUGUGGAGUAGGAUCAAAGAGAGAAGAUGAGAGAGAGAGGAGAAGGAGGAGGAGAGAGGAGAGAGAGAGAGAGAGAGAGAGAGAGAGAGAGAGAGGAGAGAGAGAGAGAGAGAGAGAGAGAGAGAGAGAGAGAGAAAAUAACUAGUUAGCUAACACUCGAGCUAGCAGGCAAGAGUUUUAUUUGAGGUAGUUUGCUAGUUAACGUUAACUACCUGAAAAAAAGUCAUUGACUGAGAUAUUUAUGAUAGGACCUAACCUAUUUAACCAUCAAAUUGAUAAUUAGUAACUUUUGUUAUUUACGUUUUGCAGUCAGCCAAAACACAUAUUCCAAAUUGUUUGUCGAAAUGGCCGUUGGUUAACAUAAGUGGAUUUCACUUCACGGGCUGGUGUACGGGAGAAUUAACUAUGUUCUCUCAGGUCGUCACUAGUUAACACAGCCACAAAGUCAUAAACCCUAUUUCUACCUAUUCUACCCUAACCUUAACCACACUGCUAACCUUAUGACUAACCCUAACCUUAAAUUAAGACCAAAAAUCAAAUAUUUGUUUAAAUAAAUUAUACGAUAUAGCCAACUUUGUAGCUAGUGGAAACCGUUCUCUCGGGCCAAACUUUUAUUUUAUUUUAUUUAACUAGGCAAGUCAGUUAAGAACAAAUUCUUAUUUACAAUGACAGCCUACACCGGCCAAACCCGGACGACGUUGGGCCAAUUGUGCGCCGCCCUAUGGGACUCCCAAUCACGGCCAGUUGUGAUACAGCCUGGAAUCAAACCAAGGGUCUGUAGUGACGCCUCAAUCACUGAGAUGCAGUGCCUUAGACCGCUGCGCCACUCGGGAGCCCAUAGAGAUAGUGGGGCAGCUAACCACCUCAGAUUCUUUCUAGAUGGCCACUGACAGUACCGUUCUCUGGUCUCUGUCAAAGUCAGUUGGUAAAAUUCUGAACAUGAGCCUGUUUUAAAUCGACGAUUUUGAUAAUUUAAUGAAAUUAUAAUUGAAGACUAAUAUAUCCAUCUAUUCAGGAUGUCAAAGUCUUUGGCUUGUAAAACCAUUCAUGUGUCACCUGCAUUGGGGCAGUACAACCCCGAUUCUGUGAAGGUGAUCAUGAGCCAAAACGGCUGUGUUCCAAAUGAUCAAAGCCAGAUUUUGGCACUGAGCUCAACCUGAUGGAGAUGACAGAAGUGGAGUACACCCACCUUCAGCACAUCAUCCAGUCACACAUGGAGGCACAGGCGGCUGGUCCAGAGGGAUCUGGAGACAUCAACGAAAUUAUAAUGGUAUUGGUCAGUGACGGGAACGUUAUACCUGGAGAAAGGACCCCCACCACUUGCGGUGAAGUCCCCGGCUCUGUGUUGGCUAAAGUCAGGAGUGCAGUGGAUGCGACCCAAGAACGCAGCUUGGAAGCAUACAACAACGGUAGCACACAGCUAUUGUCCAGGCCCAACCCACCCGCCCGAGUUCGCUUGGAGAAGAGGUUCAACUGCACCCCCUGUGACAAUCCCCAGACAACAGGAUGUGCAAUCAGCAGCUCUUAG